AUGACAGAUCUUUUAGAACAGGUUGUGCAUCCGGACUUCUCAUCAGAAGAUGUGGCAAACGUCUUUUCUAAUAAACCCUUGGGUAAUACACCCAAUGAACCCAAGGAUAUCAAUCAAGCAUUCUUUGCGAUACAAAAGUUAUAUCAAACGCAACUAAGGGUUUUUUGGGAAUUAGCCAGUUUAAGACAUUACAUCGAACAAAAACUGGUACCCAGAGGUCUUAGACCAGACAUUUUAUUACCUGAUAAAGUCAAGACCGAAGAGCAGUUAGCAGAAUGGAAUUCCAUUCUUUUGGAGUGCUCGGCCAAAAUUAUGCAUUUUCUAAUUCAGUUAGAACAACAAAGCUUAGACAAAACUAAUGGGGAACUGGAUAUUGAAAUAAAGAAAAUUAGAACUUUUGAUAAAGAACCAAGCUUUUCAGCUAUGGAGAACAAGCUGAGUAAAAACUUAGAAAAUUUCAAAAGAAACAUUAGACAGAAAAAACACUACAAAUUCCAAAGGGACUAUAGGGAUUUCCAGGAAGGUAAUAUUUUUAAAAAUAAAAACAAAAGGAGGUUUAAUAUUAAUAAAACACACUCUAAAGGCUUCUCCUCAUCAGAUGAGACUGAGUGGUCGGAAUCAGAAUCUAGACCUCGUUACCAGAAGAGGCAGAAUACCCGUUUCACUCAAUAUACACCCUCAGGGCAGACUAAGGGUAUUUUGAGAAACACGGAUAGAAACAUAACAUUCACAGACCCUCCAGUGGAUCCAAGUGUCAUUACAAACUCUAGACAUGAAUCCACUGCAGGACCAACCCAAUCACCACUGACUUUUUUAGAUCAGGAUUGGCCACAACCACAAAGGGAGAGACUAAGAGACAGGAACAGAUGGGGGUACAAGACACAGAAAUCCAACUUCCAAUAG